ACAGUACAUGGCGUAAAGGGUGGGGGCGACAGUGCGCAGCCAUAUUGGCUACUUGUGACUUUUGGGAGGAAGCAAGUAAAAAAUAUUAUAAUUUUCUCGUUUAUGCGUGAAAAAUGUUACCUCCGAGGAUUUUUCAUUGAUUCUACGAGUUGAUCUUGCGUGCACUUUACACGGUUACGAUAGAACCUGCGAUCAUUUUUACAAGCUCAAUCUUUUUUACGAAAAAUGAGUUUCUUCGGGUUCGGUCAAUCGGCCGACAUAGAGAUUACAUUAGAUGGGGCAGAGACCAGGAAGACCGCGGACAUUAAAACUGAGGAUGGUAAAAAAGAGCGCCAUUUAUUAUACUACGAUGGUGAAACGGUGUCUGGGAAGAUUAACAUUAGCUUGAGGAAAGCUGGAAAAUUGGAGCAUCAGGGUGUAAAAGUAGAAUUUAUUGGGCAAAUAGAAUUGUAUUAUGACAGAGGAAAUCAUCACGAAUUUGCAAGUCUAGUUAAGGAAUUGGCCAGGCCAGGAGAAUUAACUCACAACACUGUGUAUACAUUCGAAUUUCCCAAUGUAGAAAAGCCUUUUGAAAGUUAUACAGGCUCGAACGUACGGCUAAGAUAUUUUCUCAAAGUGACGAUCGUUCGGAGACUCAGCGAUAUCGUUAAAGAGCUCGAACUGGUCGUGCAUACUCUUAGUUCCUACCCAGAUAUGAACAAUCCUAUUAAAAUGGAAGUUGGUAUCGAAGACUGUUUACACAUUGAAUUCGAAUACAAUAAGAGCAAAUAUCAUUUAAAAGACGUAAUCGUUGGAAAAAUAUAUUUUCUUUUGGUCCGAAUAAAGAUUAAACACAUGGAGAUUGCCAUAAUAAAGCGGGAAACAACAGGUUCUGGUCCGCACACGUUUACGGAAAAUGAAACUAUAGCCAAAUACGAAAUAAUGGAUGGGGCACCGGUGCGAGGCGAAUCCAUUCCGAUAAGAGUAUUCCUAGCUGGAUACGAUUUAGCUCCAACGAUGCGCGAUAUUAACAAGAAGUUCAGCGUUCGAUAUUAUUUGAAUUUGGUCCUCAUGGACGAGGAAGAUCGAAGAUAUUUUAAACAGCAAGAGAUAACGUUAUGGAGGAAAGGCGAGAAGAGUAGAAAAUCUCAAACUGCAUCGCCACACAUGCCGUCGCAUUUGGUGUCUGCGGAAACGGGUUUUCCACAGGGAGUUGCUCAAAAUGGCCCACCAUCUGUACCGGCAGCGAUCCAACCGGGACAACUGGCACCCGCUAAUGUCACCGGUGUGGAAGAUGCGCAAGCACCGAUCGAGAGUAUGACGCGCGAAGAAGGAGACGGUGAAGGUGCGAAAGAAGUUAAUCCCGAGAGUAACUGAAUCUUUCUAUCUGUACUCGAUCCAGUCGGAACGGAAGUCAAUGGUAGUUUUAUCAAUUCGAAGGAACGAGUCAGAACUCGAAGAAAUCCGAUCGCGCUAGAAACUGAACGAGUAGUUUUGUGAAAGGAACUCUCUUCCAUCGUAAGAAGAGAAAAUGAGAGCGAAUUUAAAGGAAAUGAAACGCGAAACCCGAUACAUCCGCGAGCGAAGUUGUAAAUAUUUUUGGAUACCUAUAAAUAAUGCGAACGAUUAAAUUGUAUAAGUAGCCAAUUAUCGAUCAAAAUUUCAACUAAUCGAGCUCCAUAGAUAGUAUUGUAUUACGGUGUCCAACGAGACGCGCCGAACAUUUUAAUCGAAUUGUAAUGAUUAAAUGAAAAAUAAUACGAGGAAGAAUAUAAUGUGAUCCCGUAUAAAAUGAACAUAAUUCGUAAAUGGACGAUUAACAAUUGAAUAUCGAUUCAGUGAUAUUCAGCGAUUCUUGAAGAAUGGUAUCUGAAUGUUACGGUGUUCAGAACGUUUUGUACAAACUUAUUCUUCGUUAUAUUUUCAAAGAUCUUUAUUAUCGAGAAAAAACAACAAGAAAGGCGGAAACCUCUUGCGUUACAUUACCGGAUCUCUCGAGCGGCCAGUUUCUGGUGCACCGAGAGUCUCACGAAUCUGAAAUUAAUAUACGUAUACUCAUAAUGGCUGCCCUAUUUUAAUCCAUUCACCUAGUCUACGACUAAUAUGAUAAAGGCACUCGAUGGGACGCUUUUACAUAUACGACGCGUACACGUAUAGGUAUUGAUUACCCAAAAGUGUGCUCUUUUCAAUAACAAAGUUUUUAUUAACAUUUGCAAUAAAUACGAUACGUUAAGAUGCAAAGUGCACGGCAUACGACAUAGUGUUAUAUAAUAGUUCUGUUCUAUAACAUAGCAUAACUGUAUAUACGUACGUAUAACGGACACGCUAAAUUGUACAUGCCAAUUAAUUUUUUAAUAGAUUUUUAUGCAAACUCUUAAGAAUAAUGAUGUACAAGUCAUUGUAAGAAAUAUUGUAUAUUUUAGUAUGCCCCCGUUUCAAUUUUUAGCAUGCCUUUAUUUAUAUGAGAGUGGACUAUGAUAGAUUAAAAGACGGGUUUGCUCCACACUCCACAUGUAUUUAUAUAUAUACAUAUAUGUACGUAUGUAUAUAUAUAUUUAUAUACACACAUUACGUAUGCGUGUGUGCGGUGUGUACCGUACCGUGUACUACCGUGUAUCCGAAUAGUUUAGUUGGAAUUACACGCACGUACGCACCUCACGAGCAUACGCAUCUACAGUAAUAAUAUUGAAACGGUAUUGUUCUAUCCAGGUAGUAGAUUGAACGAUUACUACCACGAUAGAAGCAAUGCGCUGAUGCGACAGCAAAAUAUAUUGUAUGUAUCUAUAUACUUAUCGUUUUGUACAAUUCUAUGUUAACAUCGGUUGACUAACAGUCUUGUUAAAAAGGAAUAAGCCACCUAACAUACGGUCAACUGCGUGUAAGUCGAGAGUUUUGUUUCGUGUAAAUGAAAAUUUUCAUACUUCACGCCUUUGUUAUUUGUUGACAAGAAAGAUAUAUGUAUGUGUAAAAGAGAGAAAGAAAAAACCUAUUUGUGAAUUAUUUGACAUGUCAAAUAUUGUAUAUAUACAUAUACAUAUUGUCAUACGAUAUAAAAAUUAAAUACCUACAACGGUUUUAUACUUUAAUCUCCACGCAAAAUGUCUUUGCGCGCGGCUUGCGCGAACAUCAGAAAAUGAAAGUAGGCGUUCUUUUAUACGAUUUAUAGAUAGAACUGGAUAGCCCAUCUAUACAUAUAUACAAAACGGAAAGUCAAUAAAGCUGCACAUUCAACAUUA